AUGCAGUGCUUGGGCUGCCGGAGCCGGAGCUGGAACUGGAGCUGGGGCCGCUCCAGGGAGCUCUACCUGCGGGAGCAGAGCCUCAAGGUGGCAGCACUCAAUGGGCAGAGGCUGGGCUUGCAGAAUGACGAGGACCUACAGGCACUGCUCAAGGGCAGCCAGCUCUUGAAGGUGAAGUCCAGCUCCUGGCGGAGAGAGCGCUUCUACAAGUUGCAGGAAGACUGCAAGACCAUCUGGCAGGAGUCUCGCAAGGUCAUGCGGACCCCUGAGUCCCAGCUAUUCUCCAUUGAGGACAUCCAGGAGGUGCGGCAGGGCCACCGCACCGAGGGCCUGGAGAAGUAUGCCCGGGACGUGCCAGAGGACCGCUGCUUCUCCAUCGUCUUCAAGGACCAGCGCAACACACUGGACCUCAUCGCCCCCACGCCAGCCGACACCCAGCACUGGGUGCAGGGUUUGCGCAAGAUCAUCCACCACUCAGGCUCCAUGGACCAGAGGCAGAAAUUGCGGCACUGGAUCCACUCCUGCCUCCGAAAAGCUGACAAGAACAAGGAUAAUAAGAUGAGCUUCAAGGAGCUGCAGGACUUCCUGAAGGAGCUCAACAUCCGGGUGGAUGACAGCUAUGCCAGGAAGAUCUUCAGGGAGUGUGACCACUCCCAGACAGACUCCCUGGAGGACGAGGAGAUCGAGGACUUCUACAAGAUGCUGACGCAGAGGGUGGAGAUCGACCGCAUCUUCGCUGAGGCUGCGGGGUCCCGAGAGACCCUGUCGGUGGACCAGCUAGUGACGUUCCUACAGCACCAGCAGCGGGAGGAGGCUGCGGGCCCUGCGCUGGCCCUCUCCCUCAUUGAGCGCUAUGAGCCCAGUGUAACCGCCAAGGAGCAGCGGCAGAUGACCAAGGAUGGCUUCCUCAUGUACCUGCUGUCGGCGGACGGCAGCGCCUUCAACCUGGCGCACCGGAGGGUCUACCAGGACAUGGACCAGCCUCUCAGCCACUACCUGGUGUCCUCUUCGCACAACACCUACCUCCUGGAGGACCAGCUCACUGGUCCCAGCAGCACCGAAGCCUACAUCCGGGCAAUGUGCAAAGGCUGCCGGUGCUUGGAGCUUGACUGCUGGGAUGGCCCUAACCAGGAACCGGUCAUCUACCAUGGCUACACCUUCACUUCCAAGAUCCUCUUCUGCGACGUGAUCAGGGCCAUCCGGGACUAUGCCUUCAAGGCAUCGCCCUACCCCGUCAUCCUGUCUCUGGAGAACCACUGCAGCCUGGAGCAGCAGCGAGUGAUGGCAAGACACCUGCGGACCCUGCUGGGCCCCAUGCUGUUGGACCAGCCACUGGACGGGGUCACCAACAGCCUGCCCUCCCCAGAGCGGCUGAAGGGGAAGGUCCUGCUGAAGGGGAAGAAGCUGGGAGGACUGCCGGCCCCCAACGGGGAGGGCGGCGCUGAAGCCACAGUGGUGUCCGACGAGGACGAGGCUGCAGAGAUGGAGGAUGAGGCCGUGCGGAGCCGCGUGCAGCACAAGUCUAAGGAGGGCAAGCUCAGGCUAGCCACAGAACUCUCCAACAUGGUCAUUUACUGCAAGAGCGUCCACUUUGAGGGCUUCGCCAAGCCCGGCAGCACCGGGCAGGCCUUCUACGAGAUGGUGUCCUUCUCUGAGAACCGGGCCCUCCGUCUGCUCCAAGAGGCGGGAGACAGCUUUGUCCUGCACAACGUGGGGCACCUCAGCAGGAUCUACCCGGCCAGCUGGAGAACAGACUCCUCCAACUACAACCCCAUGGAGAUGUGGAACGCCGGCUGCCAGAUUGUGGCUCUGAACUUCCAGACCCCUGGGCUAGAGAUGGAUGUGUACCAGGGCCGCUUCCAGGACAACGGGGCCUGUGGGUACGUGCUGAAACCCGCCUUCCUGAGAGACCCCAACUCCACCUUCAACCCACGCGUGCUGACUCAGGGGCCCUGGUUGACUGAGAAGCGGCUCCGUGUCAGAGUCAUCUCAGGGCAACAGCUUCCCAAAGUCAACAAGAACAAGAAUUCAAUCGUGGACCCCAAGGUGAUCGUGGAGGUCCACGGCGUGGCCCGGGAUAUGGCCACCCGCCAGACCGCCGUGGUCACCAACAACGGGUUCAACCCCAUGUGGGACACGGAGUUGGAGUUUGCGGUGUUAGUGCCUGAGCUGGCCCUGGUCCGCUUUGUGGUGGAGGAUUACGACGCCUCCUCCAAGAACGACUUCAUUGGACAGGCCACCAUCCCCUUGAGCUGCCUCAAGCAGGGAUACCGCCAUGUCCACCUCUUGUCCAAGAACGGAGACCAGCAUCCAUCGGCCACCCUCUUUGUGGCCAUCUCCAUCCAGGACUAGGCAUGGGGGGGGGCUCUGUACACCCCUGUGUACCCCAUCCUGCCUUCAGCUCCAACUUCAGCGUCAGCACCCAGGCGCCGGCCCAGUCCGUGGAGCUGUCCUCGGUUCUGUUAGAGCACUCUGCCGCCGCCCACUCGUCGCGGGGCCAGCCAGGGUGGGGUGAUUUUAUAAAACGUAUGACUCAG